CGCUGCCUCUGCCGUCCCUGCGCACUGAGAGCUCUCCCCUCAUCACUCUCCUGUGUUUUUGCUCCUCACACCUGAGGUGACAGAGCCAAGCUCAGAGCGCACCGAGCCGCUGAGUUUGGAGAGCGAGAUCUGCGCAGGGAGGAAGGGUGUGUGCACGCAUGGCUGGAGCUGUGCGCAUUCAUGGUGAAUGAAUUUCUCCACUGGGAGCAAAAGAAAACCAGCAGCGCCUGGCGUUUCUGCGUACUGCCCAUCCAUCCAGCCGUUUGAGGUUUCUUUAAGCACAAUGCGAGCCGGAGAGACGCGCCUUAUGCCAUGUUGAACAAGUCCCCGACCCUCCUGCUGGCUCUGACCGCGCUUCUCUCGACAUGCCGGGGAUGGAGCGACGAGGACCUCCUCCUACCGCCCAUCAACUCCUCCAACAGGUUCCUGGCCAACCUGGAGGUGGACGUGCGCUUCUCCAAAAGGUCCGUGGAAGACAGCGACGCCUCGCCUGAAGUGUCCCCGCUGCAAAGCCUGCUUCCCUCCCAGUGUAAUGUGACGGUCCACCGGCUGCUGCCCACCUCGCUGGUGGCCCGCUGGGACAGCAGCUUCGGCUUCCAGUGCGACGUGCUGGUCUACACCACCAACAACCACGGCAGGGCGUUCUUCUCCGCCUCCUUUAACCGGGCCAUCUCCCCCGUGGUGAUCGAGCACCUCGGGGUCACCGGGGGUCAGCAGGAGAUGAGGCUGUGCGUGGGUUGCGGGAUGUCCCGGUACCGCCGCUUCGGCCAGGGCAGGUCGAGGGGACAGCAGAGCGGGGAUCAGGUGUCUUUCUGCUGCGUGGAUUUUAGCCUGGACGAGCUGAAGGGGGACAAAAGUUGGAGGCUGAACAGGAAGCCCAUCGAGUCCACAUUAGUGGCUUGUUUCAUGACUCUGGUCAUCAUCGUGUGGAGUGUUGCUGCUCUCAUAUGGCCGGUGCCCAUCAUUGCAGGAUUUCUGCCUAACGGGAUGGAGCAGAGGAGACCCAGAUAACUGAUCAAAAUAAAACAAAAAAACACGACACUAAAGGACUAUUCUGCAGCAUUUAACGACUACCUUUAAUCCCAAGAAAUAUAAAAUUUACCAAUAUUCCCUUAAAAUAAACUUUUGUGAAAGCCUUAUAAUAAGCUAUUUUAAGGGGUUUGUUGGCCUUAGAACACCUUAAAAUAGGUUCAGUAAAAAUAAAUAAAACAGAUAUAGUCUAACAGUGGGCUAGUUCAUGGAUUAUUCAUUAAUUAACUUCACAUGGAGUGCAUCAUGAAAACUACAGCACAAAAGAUCAAAUCUGGGGGGGGAAAUCCAUCCACACUAAACGUUGGAUUUUAUAAAAUACAAUUUCUUAUUCGGUUGCAUCUUUUUCUUCAUUUUUUAAAAACUAUGAAGGAAAAAUGAAAUUAAAAAAUCCCUUUACAGGCUUCCUUUUUGGUUUUCGUUAUUGUCGUUUUUUUAUCAGCAAAUAUUGGACCAGUUUGAAAGUGAUACCAAAUAAAGACAGCUGAAACCAGGUGAUAAUCAAACUAGACACCAUCUAAUAAGAAUUUAAUGUAUUUGAAUUUGAAUAAACUGUAUGGAAAACAAUCCAGUUCAAGUUUCCCCCAUCCCAUGCGUUUAUAUUUUUAAGGGCAGAUCAAAGGUAGUCCAGAAAUGCAGCAGGAUAGCCCAGUCAAGUGCUGACAGUGUCACAAAAAUAAACACUUUAAUAUCUGAACAUAGCCUGUGCUGCCUAUACUAUAAUUGUAGCCAUUCAGCUGCACGCAUCAGUGAAUGAAUGUGAAGACCCUUCAGCGUUUGGGUUGAUCUUUUCCCUUUAGACCUCCUCCUCCUCCUCUUUAGGACAAAUCAAGGUAAAGUCUAAUUAUAAUAGCCAACAAUAAUCCAUAUUGGGACCAACACUAAUGUGUUUUGUACACCCUGUAGGCCUUCCUAGUUUAUGUCAUGUAGAAGUUGGACAACUUUUUCUCUUCAAACAGUGUUUGUAUAGUUUUUAAUCUUUUCUAGACUGUUUUCUGCCUUAUUAUACAAAGUUUAGGACUUUGGCACAGAAACUGGACUUUAAAGUGUGCUGUCACUGUGGGCUAUUUAACCUAUAAUCAUGCUCUGUAACAUCUACUUUUAAUAGUUGUCUUUUCUUAUUUAUUAAAACCAUGACAGAUAGAUGUUGUUUUUAGAGAGCAGUUAUUAAUAUACUGUUUAAUUUCUAAAGAUCUGGUAUAUGUGUUUAUUUGUAUUAAUGUUUCAAUAUUUUAAAAGAAAUAAAUACUUAAAGCCUUUAGCCUA